CACCACACCCCGCCCUGAGCGUCAUGGUUCGUGCCACGCAUAUAAAGCUUCGCGGCCCUGGGCUUACUUGGCGCUAAGAACGCGAGUCCGCGGAUCUGCUGGUGUUUGCGUCCCGCCCUCCCCCACGCAGUCAUGGCCUCCGGCAACGCGCACAUUGGAAAGCCCGCCCCGGACUUCCAGGCCACCGCCGUGGUGGAGGGCGCCUUCAAGGAGGUGAAACUUUCCGACUACAGAGGGAAAUACGUGGUCCUCUUUUUCUACCCGUUGGACUUCACUUUUGUGUGCCCCACGGAGAUAAUCGCUUUUAGCGAGCAUGCCGAGGACUUCCGCACGCUGGGCUGCGAGGUGCUGGGUGUCUCUGUAGACUCGCAGUUCACCCACCUAGCUUGGAUUAACACCCCCCGGAAGGAGGGAGGCUUGGGCCCCCUGAACAUCCCCCUGCUGGCUGAUGUAACCAGAAGUUUGUCCCAUGAUUAUGGCGUGCUGAAGGAAGAUGAGGGCAUUGCCUACAGGGGCCUCUUUAUCAUUGAUGGCAAGGGUGUCCUUCGCCAGAUAACCGUCAAUGAUUUACCUGUGGGGCGCUCUGUGGAUGAGGCUCUACGGCUGGUCCAGGCUUUCCAGUACACAGAUGAGCAUGGGGAAGUUUGUCCCGCUGGCUGGAAGCCAGGCAGUGACACGAUCAAGCCUAAUGUGAAUGACAGCAAGGAAUACUUCUCCAAACACAACUAGGCUAGCAGACAGGCACCAAGCUUGGGCUCAUGGCCCCCACCUGGAUGCCCUGUGCUGGCCCAGAAAAGGCCAAACCUGCCCCUUCAUAUUCCACAGUCCUGACUUGAAGGGCUAGACCAAGGCCUUCUCAUAUUCCUAGCUGAGUGAUGAAUGGUGAUCUAUCCCUGGAGCUCUCCAACUGGGCACAGGCCUAGAGGUGACCAAUAAAGUAUUAGGGACAGGUGUGA